AUGAAAGAUGUCUCAGAGAUCAUGAAGAAGCAGGCAACCCUUAACAUAGGGACCAUUGGGCAUGUUGCACAUGGGAAGUCCACCAUUGUAAAGGCAAUAAGUGGAAUAAGCACAAUAAAGUUCAAGGCAGAGCUUGAGCGUAACAUCACCAUAAAGCUAGGAUAUGCUAAUGCCAAGAUAUACAAGUGUGACUCAAAGUGCAUCAGACCCAAUUGUUACCAGUCGUUUGGAAGUUCAAAUCCAGAUCAACUUCCAUGCAAAAAGUGUGGAGGCACCUUGAAGCUUGUCAGACAUGUGUCCUUUGUAGAUUGCCCAGGGCACGAUGUUCUGAUGGCUACAAUGCUGAAUGGAACAGCAAUUAUGGAUUCUGUACUGCUCCUGAUAGCAGCUAAUGAACCUUGCCCGCAGCCCCAAACUACUGAGCACUUGUUUGCUGUGGAGAUAAUGGACCUUAAAAAGGUUCUGGUUGUGCAGAAUAAGAUUGAUCUUGUUUCCAGGGAACAGGCCUUAGAGCAGUAUGAUCAAAUCCAGAAAUUCCUGAGGACAUCGAAUGUUUCUGGACCUGUUAUUCCAACAGCAGCUCAGGUGGGGGUGAACAUCCCUGCCCUUCUGGAUUUCAUUGUUAACUACAUUCCACAGCCUGCCAGGGAUUCUACAGCACACCCAAAGAUGGUUGUCAUUAGAAGCUUUGAUGUUAACAGGCCAGGGACCAAGGUGGGCGAUAUGUCUGGAGGGGUUAUUGGAGGAAGUCUUGUUACCGGAAUGCUAAGGGUUGGGGACAGGAUUGAGAUAAGGCCUGGGCUUGUGAUGAAGAGGAAUAACAGAUUUGUAUGCCGGCCUUUUGUUUCUGAGAUUGUUUCCUUGAAGGCAGAAAGCACAGACCUUGAGGAAGCCUAUCCUGGAGGACUGAUAGGCGUCGGUACAACGAUGGAUCCCUCGUUUUGUAAGGCAGACAAGCUGGUUGGCCAGGUCAUGGGAAAGCUAGGAUUUCUCCCAUCGAUAUUUCACAAGAUAACUGUCGAAUACAGUCUCUUUCCAAAAACAACAGUCCAAGGGAGUUUCAAGCUGAAAGAAGGUGAGCACGUGCUAUUGAACAUAGGAAGUACAACAACCGGGAGUGUGAUAGGAGGCAUAGGGGAGACCAGAGGUGAGUUUGAUCUUGUGAAACCUGCAUGUUGUGAAAUUGGAGAAAGAAUAGCCAUAUCAAGAAAAAUCAACAACCAUUGGAGGUUGAUAGGACAUGGAGAAAUCAAGGACGGUGUGUGUGUUGAACCAGAAUAUACUAGAUAG